CGGGCCCAGUCGGCCGGAGCCUCGUGGAGGCUGAGUUGAGACCUGGAGGUUUCCCGGGGCUGCUGAUCGCUGGUCGGAUUUGGCUGAUGCUGGCCCGGAGCCUCGUGGCGUCUGCAAGACCCCAGGAGAGGAUUGCCUUACCUGUGGUAUCGGACAUCAUAACAUGGGUCUCACCAAACAGUACCUGCGCUAUGUUGCUAGUGCAGUCUUUGGCCUGAUUGGCAGCCAAAAAGGUAAUAUUGUCUUUGUGACACUCCGUGGUGAGAAAGGACGCUAUGUGGCAGUACCAGCCUGUGAACAUGUUUUCAUUUGGGACUUAAGGAAAGGAGAGAAGAUCCUCAUCCUUCAGGGGCUAAAACAAGAAGUCACUUGCUUAUGUCCCUCCCCAGAUGGACUGCAUUUAGCUGUUGGUUAUGAGGAUGGCUCCAUCCGAAUCUUCAGUCUUCUGAGCGGGGAAGGAAAUGUGACCUUCAAUGGACACAAAGCAGCUAUCACUAGCUUGAAGUAUGACCAGCUAGGAGGCAGGCUGGCAUCUGGGUCCAAGGACACAGAUGUUAUUGUGUGGGAUGUGAUCAAUGAAAGUGGCCUCUACCGUUUAAAGGGGCACAAGGAUGCCAUCACACAAGCGCUGUUCCUACGAGAAAAGAAUCUGCUGGUUAGUAGUGGGAAAGAUACCAUGGUGAAGUGGUGGGACCUUGAUACCCAGCACUGCUUCAAAACGAUGGUUGGCCACCGAACUGAGAUAUGGGGAUUGGUUUUGGUGUCACAAGAAAAGCGACUCAUCACUGGGACUUCAGACAGUGAACUGAGGGCUUGGGAUAUUUCCUACCUGCAAGAGGUGGAAGAUCAGGAAGAACCAGAACCUAAGAAAAUCAAAGGAUCUUCUCCUAGACUGCAGGACACACUUGAAGCAGAGGAUGGUAACCUUGAAAUGGAUGAAGCUCCCGAGGAUCGCAUCCUUUCAUGCAGAAAAGCUGGUUCCAUAAUGCGAGAAGGAAGGGACAGAGUUGUGAACCUCGCAGUCGACAGGACAGGCAGGAUCCUUGCUUGCCAUGGCACUGAUUCUGUGCUUGAAGUGUUUUGUGUCCUUUCUAAAGAGGAAAUUCAAAAGAAAAUGGACAAGAAAAUGAAGAAAGCUAGAAAGAAAGCAAAAUUAAAUUCUUGCAGUGGAGAAGAGGAAGACCUUGAAAUCAAUGUCAAAAUGACUCUGCAAGAUGAAAUUCAGCGAGUAGCUAAUAUCAAAAUGUCUGCCAAAAUCAAAUCCUUUGAUUUGAUUCAUUCACCUCAAGGAGAGUUAAAGGCUGUCUUCUUGCUGCAGAACAACCUGGUGGAAUUAUACUCACUGAACCCGUCCUUGGCCACUCCUCAGCCGGUCAGGACCAGCAGAAUCACCAUCGGGGGCCAUCGCAGUGAUGUGCGCACUUUGUCAUUCAGCUCAGACAACAUCGCUGUCCUUUCAGGAGCAGCUGAUUCCAUUAAGAUAUGGAACAGGUCUACACUGCAGUGCAUUCGCACCAUGACUUGUGAAUAUGCGCUUUGUUCCUUCUUUGUACCUGGUGAUAGGCAGGUAGUCAUAGGAACAAAGACCGGGAAGCUGCAGUUGUAUGACUUGGCCUCAGGAAAUCUGCUGGAGACAAUAGAUGCCCAUGAUGGAGCUUUAUGGUCCAUGUCUCUCUCUCCAGAUCAGCGUGGCUUUGUGACAGGUGGUGCAGAUAAAUCUGUCAAGUUUUGGGAUUUUGAGUUGGUGAAAGAUGAAAAUAGUACCCAGAAGAGACUUUCUGUAAAGCAAACCCGAACCUUGCAACUAGAUGAAGAUGUCCUGUGUGUGAGUUACUCUCCCAAUCAAAAGCUAUUGGCCGUGUCUUUGCUGGACUGCACUGUGAAAAUUUUCUAUGUUGACACUUUAAAGUUUUUUCUCUCACUGUAUGGACACAAACUUCCUGUUAUAUGCAUGGACAUCUCUUAUGAUGGAGCACUGAUAGCAACCGGCUCUGCUGAUAGGAAUGUGAAAAUCUGGGGUUUGGACUUUGGGGACUGCCACAAGUCUCUCUUUGCACAUGAUGACAGUGUGAUGUACCUGCAGUUUGUACCUAAGUCUCACCUCUUCUUCACUGCUGGGAAAGACCGUAAGAUUAAGCAGUGGGAUGCAGACAAAUUUGAACACAUACAAACUCUGGAGGGACACCACCAGGAGAUUUGGUGUUUGGCUGUAAGCCCCAAUGGAGACUAUGUUGUAUCAUCAUCCCAUGACAAAUCUCUGAGACUUUGGGAGAGAACAAGAGAGCCUCUUAUUCUUGAGGAAGAAAGGGAGAUGCAAAGGGAAGCAGAAUAUGAGGAGAGUGUGGCCAAAGAAGACCAGCCAGCAGUUCCAGGGGAGACUCAAGGUGAUAGCUACUUUACUGGAAAGAAAACUAUUGAAACAGUUAAAGCAGCUGAGAGGAUCAUGGAGGCUGUUGAACUGUAUCGAGAAGAAACUGCAAAAAUGAAAGAACACAAAGCCAUUUGUAAAGCUGCAGGGAAAGAGGUUCCUCUUCCCACAAACCCAAUCCUGAUGGCUUAUGGCAACAUUUCUCCUUCAGCUUAUGUAUUAGAGGUUUUUAAGGGGAUCAAGUCAAGUGAGUUGGAAGAAUCUCUACUUGUGCUGCCAUUCUCUUAUGUCCCAGACAUCCUUAAGCUCUUUAAUGAAUUCAUCCAGCUGGGCUCUGAUGUUGAACUUCUAUGUAGGUGCCUCUUCUUCCUUCUCAGGAUUCACUUUGGACAGAUCACUAGCAACCAAAUGCUUGUGCCAGUGAUAGAAAAAUUAAAGGAAACAACUAUUUCAAAAGUCAGCCAAGUCCGGGAUGUUAUCGGCUUCAAUAUGGCAGGUCUUGAUUAUCUCAAGAGGGAAUGUGAGGCAAAAAGUGAAGUUAUGUUUUUUGCUGAUGCUACUAGCCACUUGGAAGAAAAGAAGAGGAAGAGGAAAAAGAGGGAGAAGCUAAUUUUAACAGUGACUUAGAACUGGAUUCUGGGUGCCUUUUUCUACAUUUUCCUUAAAAGAACUAAAUGGAGAGGCAGCAGAAUUGGCAUCAUCUUAAAAAUACGCAGAUAACAGAAGAUCAUGUUGCAGAAGAUCUCAGGAUGUGGCUCCCAGCUUUGCUUGAAGGAAUUCCAACAUGGGACUGUGGUCUGGCUCCACUUCUUGGAUAUAACCAUGAUUAGUUUGAAAAUCUUUCUGUGCUCUCAAAGGUUGAGCUCUGUGGCGGUUGUUCCCUUUGUAUUCUAAUAGGGAGCAAAGAAUUGUUUUCAUUAAGAAUUUGUUUCUCUAGAGUUGAAAUUAACAUUUCAAAAGAUUUCCAUAUUUUUAUGGCAGAUGAUUUGUAUGAUUUAUUCUUUUUAUUACCUCCUAGUGAGGUAAUCAGGUGCAUAAUUGAUUGCCCUCUGCCCAUCAAUGGCAGUGUCAUGGACUUGUGGAGCUUAAAAGGACUUAAACUUAACCUCUUGCAGGCUCUGUUAUAUCUAUAUAUAAGAAGAUAUUGCUCUUUAUAUUUUUCUGAAUAAAUGAGUUAUUUCUGAUUAAAGAGCAGUCAUGCUAAGAGUAUGCUGUGCUUCGGAGCAGGGAAUGCACUAUGUGUGUUGGGGUAGGGAUUUGGGGAGGUAGGAAGGUUCUAGAAAGAGAUUGACAUAGACACUUCUGGGCCUGGGC